UAAAAUCAUCCUCAAGCUGGCUUCACCCUGACUAUUCGUUACUUUCACAUGUUACGCAUGUCACCACCUCUCCAGAUGAAAUCCGGCUCCAUCUCAAAGCACCGAUAUUCAAGGCCACAUACGUUGGCGAUGUGAAAAGCAGCAUUAAACGAGCCCUCAGGGCAUGUCUGAUGUUAGCUUCAAAAAGGUCAAAUAUUACGGUUGUGAACAAGAAUUUUGAUGUCAAGUGGGAAAUCAUGGGCUAUCAUGCAGACGAGGACAAGAACAACGAAGAAAAGUCGACUCUUCGUGCCUGCUUCGACGUUCAGGAAGAGGAGGAUGCAGCCCGAGACAUUUACCUUGUGGCGAUUACUGAAAAGAGUGGAACGGAGGGUUUGGUUUUGACCAAAAGAGAUGAUGGCAUGUAUUCGCGUCUUGGAGCAUUUCAUGCUAUGGGAGCUGUGAGGAAGAUAUUCCAGGACAGGGAAAAGAGUGAAGUCAUCUUGGUAUAG